CUUUGGGAUUAGUGAGACUCAACAAUGGGGAGAGCGACAGUGAUUCUUUGGCUGAUGAUGACUGCAGGAGUAGUCACAGCUCAAACAGGUGAGGUGGUCAGGGCGUUGCCCCAGUGGCUGACCGGCAUCAUAGCGUUGUCCGUCUUCCUGUUCCUGGUCUUCGUGACCUUCCUGGUGAACAAGGCCUGGUGUCAGGACAGGAGGCCAGAAACCAAAGCACAUGACUUUGAGAAGACCACUAACUACGCCAACACCAAUGGAGAACACAAUGACAUUCACCUGGAUAUGGUCAGGAGCAUAGAAAAUGAGGUUGUGUAUGAAAACGCAGCCCUUGAUGGCUUUGAGGACAAAGUCACUUCCAUGUGAUUGAUGUGGACCA